CGCUCAGCCCUCCCACCCACCACACCAUGUCUGCCCGCCCCAUCACCAUGGCCUCGGCCGCCGCGCCCGCACCCACGCCGGCGCCUGCGCCGUCUGGCAACGAGCCGUCGCGCGCCGGCGUGUCGGCCGCCGAGCUCGACCUCGCCGCGCUCGAGCUCGAGUCGGACCAGAUCACCUCGGUGCGCCUCGACGGCCUCGCGCUCACCAAGAUUGUCAAGCACUCGCGCGACGCCCACCCGGCGCAGGCGUUCGGCACGCUGCUCGGCCUCGACAUUGGCGGCGCGCUGGAGGUCAGCAACUGCUUCGGCCUGCCCGCCAGCGCCAUGCGCUCCAGCAGCAAGGACGACGACGACGAGGCCGACAAGGGCAAGCAGAGCGCUGCGCGCUACAACGCCGCCAUGGUCAAGCUCAUGCGCGACGUCAAUGCCGACGCCAACCCCGUGGGCCUGUACCAGUCGUGCUUCCUCGGCUCCUUCCUGCAGCAGAGCGUUGUCGACGGCCUGGCUGCCGUGGCGGGCCUGAUGGAGCGGGAAGGCGCCAGCGGACAGGGCAAGGGCGUGCUGAUCGUGCACGACCUCGCUCAGUCGGCCGCCGGCAACACCGUCGUCAAGGCGUACCGGCUCUCUCCAUCGUUCAUCGACUCGCACCGCAAGGGCAAGUUCACCGCCGCCGACCUCAUUGAGCACCGCCUGACCUUCUCGAACAUCCUCGUCGAGAUCCCGAUCUCGCUGCACAACACUGCGCUUCUCUCCGCGCUGCUCUCUUCGCUCUCGACGCCCUCUGCUCCGGCGUCCAGCUUGAUCUCCAGCUCGACUGCCUCGCAGCUUGCCUCGCCGCCGACGGCGCCGAUCAGUGCCUCGCACACGCUCCUGACGCUCUCUCACACGCCCGUGCUCUCCUCCGCACUCGAGUCCACGCUCGAGGCGCUCGACGAGCACGCGGCCGAGAGCGGCAACGUGGGCUACCAAUCGCGGCAGCUGGCGCGCGAGAAGGCGCGUGCCGAGGCGGCGCUGGCUCGUCGGCAGGCGGAGAACGCGGCGCGCGAGGCCCAGGGCCUGCCGCCGCUGCCGAUGGACGACAAGAGCCUCAAGAUUCCCUCGGAGCCGAGCCGCCUGGAGAGCACGCUGCUCCUCGGCCAGCUCGACGACAAGGCGCGUCGCCUGGCCGAGAUUUGCGCUACCAGCGCCAUCCAGCUCAACGCGGCGCGCUCGGCUGCCGUCUGAGGGACGGUCCUCACCUGCUGCUGUCUGGCCUCAUUUUGUACACAUACGCACCACCCCAAAACGGCGAGCCAUGCCUCUUGCUAG